AUGCUGUUGAACUCGCGUGGCGAGAGAGUUUACGUCGGAGGCGCUGCCUCGAUAUCGUUCUUACAAAUUGUUCGCAAUCUCGUAUCUCAACAAAUCGGACCCUCGGCAUUUUCUCAUAAUGAAAAGAGCGAUACUAUGCUUGAGAUUGAAUCACCAACCGCCACAACACACGAUAAUGAAGUCCCAAGGUUAAGUCAAAGCCAAAAGAAUGGAUUCUCAAACAUUUUUGACGCGGUGACCGAAGGAUUAAUCCACAUCUUUGACGAAGAAAUAAUGGGAUUUCAACUCGCAUUCCUACCCGAAGACAACCCUCAUCGAAUUACACCUCAAAGACAAGCCACUUUGGAUUUAGUAAUGGCAAUCGGCGCGCAAUGCGAAUCCCUUGAGAGCUCCCGAACAAUAGGCCAAGCCUACUUCCGCAGAGCCCGUAGCCAAGCCUUUGUAGGCUUUCUUGAAGAUCCGGACCUUGAAAUGGUGCGCAUAUUCAUCCUCAUGGCAUUUUAUAUGCUGGGCGAGUGUCGAAGAAACGCAGCAUUUAUGUAUCUCGGUAUAGCUGCAAAAGCGGCUCUAGCUCUGGGGUUGCAUAGUCGGGAAUCCUAUGGAGAGAAGCCAGACGAGAAAGAUCUAGCAAAACUACGUGUUUGGUUGAGCGUAUGCAUCCUUGAUAAACUUGUCAACUCACUUCUCGGCCGCCCAUCCGCUUCAGCCCAGAUCCGAUCGGAUAGCAAACUUGACGACCUUGUACAACCAGACGACCUGAUAACAGAACGUUUAAUGGCGGCAAAUAAAAUAUCCUCCAUAAUAAACGAUGUGACUGACACGCUAUACGAUCAGAAAAAAGUCACAACCCCGAUAGUGGAAAAAUUCCUACAGGACAUCGAGAGUUGGAAACGAUCUCUCCCUGACUCAGUGGAUCUACCAAGAGGAAUAUCAUAUCCACUACGAGGAGAAUCACUACGGGAUGGGGCUAUUGGUAGGGUGCAUGUAUCGUGCUUGUACUAUCUAGCCGUCAUGUUGGUUACAAGGCCGUUCCUCGUAUCGACUUUAAUAGCAAAGCCGCUUGCCAAGGGAGCACAUUCACAAUUAGCGGCAGCUUGUCUUGAUGCCGCCAUGUAUCUGUCACAAACAUGUGUCGAGACCCUAGACGCUGGGGAAUUGAUGGGAAACAUGUGUAUUAUGAAGGCUCUUGUCUUUGCCUCGGGACUAAUACUGGGCCUCCAAAUCUUCGCAAAACACCCUGCUGAAGCAGACAUAAUGGACGCAUUCCAGAGCGCAAAACGAGUCUUGGGACACUUGUCAACUCAAAGUCCACAAGCAGCGCAUUACCUCGACAUUCUGACAACCCUUUCGGGAGCGAUUGACAAACGUCGGUCAUCGGAAUCAUCCACGGGCAGAAGUCGCUACGUAUCAAAACUAUGCAGUUUGUAUUCACAGGCUUCACGGGCAGAACCUGUUGUGGCUGAAGCAUUUCCGUUUGUGUAUGCUCACAGCGUAGCCGAAGAUAUAGUGGUUGAUGAUGCGAUGCAGGACUGGGUGUUUCGAGAGUCAGAGGGUGGUGAAGAGGGUGGUGACUUUAGUUUGGAUUGGGAGAGUUUGAACGUUUCUUUGUGGGAUACGUAUCCAUUCCUCUCAUGA